GCAAUCCUCUUUUUUGCAGGGAAGUGUUUUUUUUGCUGCAAAAAUGAAAAGAGUCAAGUGCUAUGGCAAGAAAGAGACAAGGCUUAUUGAAACUUCAGCCACAAAGAGAUUUUUUGGAGAUUUAUCUAAAAACUUGAGUAAUUCAUAUGAAGAUAAAAGUAUUCAAGCUCAUGUUUGUGAAGAUCAUAAUUUAGAAAAAAGUUCAGAACAAGGACUAAGUAAAUCUCGAAAUGGCUUUAACAAUGAUGACUCUGAUAUUUUGGCAAAUUGGAGAAUGCCAUUUUUUAAGUUUAAAUAUGGUAAAUGUAAAAUAAAAAAAUCUCCCACAAAAAAAAAGUAUUGUAAAAUUGGCAAGCAGAAGAACAUAAGUAAGAAUAUUAGUAGCGCUAGAAAAUCUCCUACAAAAAAAAAAUAUUGUAAAAUUGAAAGAAAGAAGAUUUCUAAAAAUGUUACAAGCACACCUGCAUCAAACAAAACAAUAAACCUCAAUGCUUAUUUUGAUAAAAAAUUUAAUAAUGAAACUGCAGUUAGUGUUGAAAGCUCAAAUGAAAAACUGAAUCAAAAGAAAGCUGUAGAUUCCUCUCCCGAAAAUUUAUCAGUAAGAUCUUAUAUUUUAAGCAGUGAUGAUACUGGUAUUUGCAUUAUGAAUGAUGGUUCAGUCCAUCAUCUAAUAAAAACGAGUAUUAACGUAACGCCUUUAACUAAAAGGCAGUUACGAUAUAACUUGAUAUUGUCUUCUAACAUACGAAACAAGAUGAAACAAUCAAGAAAGAAAUUAAAACUUCAUAAUUCUGCUGAACAUUCUGUAAAUAUUGAAGAUUCAUCAAGUGAACUAGAGAUAGUUUUAAAUGAAGAUGUUCCUAAAUAUGUGACUUGUAAUACAGGUGAUAAAGAAGUAUUUCAUGAAGAAGAUAAUAAUCUAGUUUUAAAUGAAGAUAAUAAUAAAUACAUGACUUUAAAUUCAGUAACAUAUAAUACAAGUGAAAAUGAAAAUAAUAUUGAAGAAACAGAACAAAAUUCGAAACUUCAGAACUCUGAUGAACAUGUUAUAAAUUUUGAAAAUAAUUGUGUAUUAUCUCUGCUUAAUUUGAAGGAAGUUAAAAAAGUAAAUUCAGUAACGUGUAAUAUUCAGUAUGGGUGUGGUAUUUCAACACACAUGAAUAUGAAAGAAUCAAAAGCAUGUAAUUUACAUGAUCAAGGGAAUGAAGAUAUUCCUAAAUAUGUGACUUAUAAUACAGGUCAUAAAGAAGAUAAUAAUAAAUAUGUGACUUUAAAUUCAGUAACUUGUAAUACAAGUGAAAAAGAAAAUAAUAUUGAAGAAACAGAACAAAAUUCAAAACUUCAGAGCUCUGCUGAACAUAUUAUAAAUUUUAAAAAUGAGUGUGCAUUAUCUCUGCUGAGUUUGGACGAAAUUAAAAAAGAAGAUGAAAGAGAUGAAAAGUCAGCAUGCAUGGUGGAUGCAUGUGAUGGACUAACUUCAAUAAAUAUAUCUGCUGAAGAAGAUAAUAAAUAUGUGACUUUAAAUUCAGUAACUUGUAAUACAAGUGAAAAACAAAAUAAUAUUGAAGAAACAGAACAAAAUUCAAAACUUCAGAGCUCUGAUGAACGUAUGAUAAAUUUUGAAAACGACUACGCAUUAUCUCUGCUUAGUGUGGAUGAAAUUAAAAAAGAAGAUGAAACAGAUGAAAAGUCCGCCAUAAUGAUCGAAGCUUGUGACGGACUUUUCAAAACUACAGCAAUAAAAAUACAAAAUAUAUAUUUGAAGAAGCAAGAAACUACUUCAGAUCAGGUGUCAGGUGAUCAGGUGUCAGAGAUGACACCUCUUUUUCAAAACAAAAAAACACUCAACAAAGAAACAAUAAUCCAAGCUAUACUAAAAUUAACAAGCAACAAAAGCAUUGUAGACUUCAAUGAAGCUUAUGAGUGGAGUUGUUACACUGCUCAAAGAAUGGGUGGCAGUUCAUUUGCGGAAUUAUUUUCAUUGUCCACUGAGGAGUCUAAGCAGAUUAUAAAGAUCAUAGUUGUUGAAUCCGAACAAAUCAAGUUGAUGAAUUUAUUAGCUGAAGUGAAAAUUUUUAAGUGUUUAAAUAUGCUUAGAAAUGAAGGCCCAAACCACUGCAUGAAUUUUUGUGAACUUAAAAGAGUUAUGAUGGUAAGAGGAGAAUUUCCAUCACUUUUAAAAGAAGCCUGGGUAGAUGAUACAUCAGACUCAUAUGCAUUUGAUCCACGUCAUUAUGAUGCUACCCAGAUGUAUCUUAUCUUUGAAAUGGCCGAUGGAGGGACAUGUCUGUCACAUCAUAUGCCUAAAACACAGAAGGAGGCUUUGUCAAUUAUGUUGCAGGUGGGCCUUGCAAUGGCAAUAGCUGAAGAAGCACUUCUAUUUGAACAUCGAGAUUUACAUUCAGAAAACAUACUAGUCAAAAAAACCGAUGAAUCUUUGAGCUACUUUAUUCUGAGAGAUUAUCCGAUUGUUGUGCCAAACUUAGGCUGGGAAGUGACUAUCAUAGACUUUUCACUUUCAAAAGUUGUAUUUAAUGGUAAUAAAUGCACAAAGUAACGAUGACAGAUUCAAAGCAUGCCAAAUCAUGAGUGUUCCCAGACGACUCAGUUUGGAUGAAUAAAGUUCAAAAGGUACUAUCCUAAAAAUCAUGAAUCAGAUAAAUAAU